AUGGCCAACAAUAUUGACGCUAGAGAAGCUGCUCGUCAGGCGUACCAAUCAUCACUAGUUGACUUGACUCGGAACGAUAGGAACUUGAUUCUGAGUCUUACUGAGAUUGCUAGGGAGAACGAACGUUGGGCUUCUACUAUUGUCGAUGUCAUUGAAUCUCAAAUCAGAAAUGCUCCAUCGGCUCAAAAGUUACCCGUACUCUACUUGUUGGACAGUAUUGUCAAGAACCUUGGCGGUGUCUUUGUUCUCGAGUUCUCACGCAACAUUGUAAAAACGUUUGCUCAAGCUUAUGAUUCUGUGAGUUGGGAAGAUCGUGCUAGAAUGGCCAAAUUGGUAGAAAGCUGGAAGGUACCACCUCCUCCACAUUCUUCAUCAAUCUUUGCGUCCAUAUUCUUGUCGCAAAUGGAGGACAAGAUACGGAGUUCUCAACCUUACGCUGGUCAAUCUACAUUUGGACUUGGCACGUUGCCAAUACAGCAAGCACAACAACGACAAACACACAACAUGUUCCCAAUACAAAUGCAACCUCCUGCUCCUGGUCUACCACCUAUGAGUGGAUCCAUCUUUGGAGGCUCGCAGCCAUCAAUGUUACCACAGUUGCUGCCACAGCUGCCACACCAGACUGAUUUGACUCGACAACUGGUGUUGAAUACGUUGGUUUCCGAAGCUCAAACUGUUAUUGCUCAAAAGAGAUCCAAGUUGAUAAUGAACCCCAUGAAUCCAAUAGUACCUGGUGAAAUAGAACUAUUGCAACAGGUCUUGACAUCAGUGGCUACCCAGCAUAUUGAAUUAACAAUGUUGCAACAAUUGCUGGACCAAGUUCGACAAAUGAAGGAAGCUCCUCCACUCGUCGUUGUUCCACCCCCUUCACUACCACCACCACCUGCACCAGUUGUCGUGCCACCUACAUUUACUAUGCCACCGUCUCUAUCCAGUCUAGGAACUCCUGCUAGUUGGACUAGUAUAUUGAACAAAACCUCAUCAGCUGGAUUGGUGCCUCCUCCUCCUACCACUACAGGUGCCUCAACAACUCCAGACAAGAAGAUUAUGCGUAUGCAAGAUUUGCCUAGAAUAUUAUUGAACAAUGAUGACAUUAACAGGAGAAUUGACGGUGCAGUUGCUUUGCUAUAUGAUGCUAUACCUACACAAUGCAAACAAUGUGGAAGAAGGUUUAUGAGCACUGAGGAAGGCAAAGAGCAAAAUUCAGCACAUUUGGACUGGCAUUUCAGAGCAUCAAGAAGGCAACGUGAAAAGGCCAGGAAGGCUGUAUCGCGAGAUUGGUAUUUGCCAGAGAAUGAGUGGUGUAUUGAAAAGGAAGCUGAUAUCAAAGACAAACAAGUCCAAUCCUCCUUCUUCAACAGUAUGGAAGCUGAGCUGACGCCAGACAAGGAAAUGUCUGAAGAAGGUCAAAAUGUCCCAUUGGAGAAUGGUGCGAGUGCUUGUCCUAUAUGUAAUGAGUCCUUUGAAAAGUUCUUUGAUCAAGAAAGAGAGGAAUGGAUGUUUAAGAAUGCCAUCAAGUUGGAACAUAAGGCACGUAUUGAUUACUCUCGAAUGAGAUCCAUUCGUCCCUUCCGGCUAGUUUUGCCCAUAUAUCACUUCACAUGCUAUCGAGAUCACACACGGCCACGCGCCAAGAUGAGUACACCACCUCGAUCGCCUGGAGAUACCACUUCGUUGGGUAAACACAGGGAAGGGGAAGAUGAAUCAGUUGAAAGGAAGCGACUUCGUAUAUAA